UAAUUCAUUGACAAAGGCAAAAAUGUUGGGAAUUUUCAAGGAGAAGUUGGUUAAAGCACCCAAAGAGCUGAACAAUCCAGCUUCUUUGAAUUCAUGCACUAAGCCUAAGCCAAGUCAUGAAAUCCUGAAGGAUUUCAUGCCCUGCAAUUCCUCCAAUGCUUUCUCCAUGUGCUUUGGGAAUGAUGCUUUGCUAGCCUAUUCCCCUUCAAACAAGCCUUCCAUUCAUCAUAGGUUGUUUAGUGGUUUGGAUAACAUAUAUUGUGUCUUCCUGGGUGGCUUGCACAGCCUUAGCAUGGUCAAUAAGCAAUAUGGUCUAUCAAAGGGAACAAAUAAGGCCAUGUUUAUCACCGAAGCGUAUCAAACUCUUCGUGACAGGGGUCCAUACCCUGCUGAUCAGGUCCUCAAGGAACUUGAAGGCAGUUUGGGAUUUGUGAUCUAUGACAACAAGGAUGGAACAAUUUUUGUAGCAUUUGGUUCUAAUGGCCAGAUUGGGCUCUACUGGGGUGUUGUAGCUUAUAGUUCCAUAGUUAUUUAUGAAAAUAUGGAGCUUAUAAAAGCAAGUUGUGCUAAAUCAUUAGCACCAUUUCCAACUGGUAUGUAA